AUGGCCAAGCAGCAUCUCCUCCUCGUCGUCCUCGUGGCUUCCAUCCUGCACGCUACUGCUUCCUCCCUAGAAACCACUUCUUCAGCCAGUAACUGGACAGUUGCGGCGGCGGCCUCGACAGUGUACGACGUCCUGGAGCAGAACAACUUGCCACGGGGCCUCCUCCCACAAGGCGUCCAGUCGUACGUGCUCCACGACGGCGGCGCCCUAGAGGUUACCCUCCCCCGCGAGUGCAACUUCUUCGUCUCCGUCGCCGGCAAGCGGUUCCAUUUUCGGUACGGCAGUAGUGUAGCCGGGGUCAUCCAGUCCGGAUCCAUCAGCCGUGUGUCCGGCGUGAGGGUGCAGGCCGGAUUCGCGUGGCUGGGGUUCAACCAGGUCCAACGCGCCGGGGAUCAGCUCAACAUCCAGCUUGAGAAGUCCACGCAGUCGUUCCCGGUUAGCGCCUUUGCGCAGAGCCCACGCUGCAGCUGA